AUGAGAGCGCUUUGCUUCUCAUUUCUAUCGCUUCUUUACGUAACGCAAGUCACUCCACUAAAGCACUAUUGCGCCAACGGCUAUGGAAGAAGGAGGGCGGACAUUGUCAUUCAUGGAAUCAAGCAAAUUCUCAAUAAUCGCAAUUGUGACAAAAGAGAACGAGAGAGACAGGACAACCGCUGCCGGCAUCUUCAACCUCAACCAAGGACUUCAAUAUCACUCCAUGAUGACAAGGAGACUACCACUCCCACUGAAUCAUCAACGCUGUUGACAUCAGAAGAUGAUCAUAAGAUCAACCGGAAAACUGCUACCACUUCUUCGUCUACAACCUCGGCAGUAACUUCGACGACGACACCAUUAGCAGUGGAUGAAGACACCACGCUACUUAUGGAGCCCAACGCGUCUAAAACAGUUACCUCUACGACAACAUCAGUGCAGCCUCGUCUACAACAGUCACCUCGACGAGGACAUUCUGCACCAUUUAACGAUGACAACGAGACCACCACUCCCACUGCAUCGUCAACACUGUCGACAUCAGAAGCUGAUGUGAAGACGGAUCGGACUACUGCUGCCACCUCCACCCCCGCAACUUCGACAGCAACCUCGACGACAGCUCUAAUGGAUGAAGAGACUACGCCAGAUGUGGAGGCGACUCCGUCCACAACAGUUACCUCGACGACGACUUCUGCACCUUUUAACGAUGACAACGAGACCACCACUCCCACUGCAUCGUCAACACUGUCGACAUCAGAAGCUGAUGUGAAGACGGAUCGGACUACUGCUGCCACCUCCACCCCUGCAACUUCGACAGCAACCUCGACGACAGCUCUAAUGGAUGAAGAGACUACGCCAGAUGUGGAGGCGACUCCGUCCACAACAGUUACCUCGACGACGACUUCUGCACCAUUUAACGAUGACAACGAGACCACCACUCCCACUGCAUCGUCAACACUGUCGACAUCAGAAGCUGAUGUGAAGACGGAUCGGACUACUGCUGCCACCUCCACCCCUGCAACUUCGACAGCAACCUCGACGACAGCUCUAAUGGAUGAAGAGACUACGCCAGAUGUGGAGGCGACUCCGUCCACAACAGUUACCUCGACGACGACUUCUGCACCAUUUAACGAUGACAACGAGACCACCACUCCCACUGCAUCGUCAACACUGUCGACAUCAGAAGCUGAUGUGAAGACGGAUCGGACUACUGCUGCCACCUCCACCCCUGCAACUUCGACAGCAACCUCGACGACAGCUCUAAUGGAUGAAGAGACUACGCCAGAUGUGGAGGCGACUCCGUCCACAACAGUUACCUCGACGACGACUUCUGCACCAUUUAACGAUGACAACGAGACCACCACUCCCACUGCAUCGUCAACACUGUCGACAUCAGAAGUUGAUGUGAAGACGGAUCGGACUACUGCUGCCACCUCCACCCCUGCAACUUCGACAGCAACCUCGACGACAGCUCUAAUGGAUGAAGAGACUACGCCAGAUGUGGAGGCGACUCCGUCCACAACAGUUACCUCGACGACGACAUCAACAGUGACGGAUGAAGGAACCACGCCAGAUGUGGAGGCGACUCCGUCCACAACAGUUACCUCGACGACGACUUCUGCACCAUUUAACGAUGACAACGAGACCACCACUCCCACUGCAUCGUCAACACUGUCGACAUCAGAAGUUGAUGUGAAGACGGAUCGGACUACUGCUGCCACCUCCACCCCUGCAACUUCGACAGCAACCUCGACGACAGCUCUAAUGGAUGAAGAGACUACGCCAGAUGUGGAGGCGACUCCGUCCACAACA